AUGGUAUUCAGAAGGUGAACCACUGAAGUUGUGAACACAACCCUCAUUUAACUCAUGAAGUAUGGGCUCCUUCAAGAUUAUGACAAUCCUGCAAAUGAUCUAUCUGUCUGGCUGUCAAGAUUAUGACAAUCUCAUGUCUACAGAGCUUCCAAAGGUCACGGUGAAUGUGAAAGGUUCUGCACACGUGGCUCGGGGAUCUAGCACAUGUUCCUGGACUAUUAAUUCUCCAGACAGGAUUUCCUCUUUGAUUGUGACUGAAGACGUCGCUGAGAGUGUGUCCAGUGACAUAUGCCAUCAGUUCGGCUGUGGACCGGUCUAUAAUCUCACUCAGAGCAGAGCUGGAGCAAACAAGACCUGUCUCACAAACUGUGUUUACCACAACAAUCAUUUAAAGAACUGCACUGAGGUCAACAGCUCUAAUUGCGUAGUCCUCUCCGAAGUAAAAUGCGGCGAUGGUGUUCGAUUGGUUGGUGGCGGUCAUCGCUGUGGUGGGCGUGUGGAAGUGUGGCGAGGGUCCUGGGGCACAGUGUGUGAUGAUGGGUGGAGUAUGGAGGAAGCAGCUGUGGUGUGCGCGCAGCUGGACUGUGGGUACGCGUUGUCUGUGAGUGGGCAGGGUGAGCCGCAUGGUCAGGGCACAGGUCUCAUACACCUGGAUGAGCUGAACUGCACUGGAACAGAGAAGAGCUUGUGGGAAUGUCCAGCACUUACACACCAGCAUGACUGUGGACAUAAAGAGGAUGCGGGGGUUGUAUGCUCAGAGUACAAGGCUCUGAGAUUGACGGGCGGUCUGGACCGCUGCUCUGGGAGAGUGGAGAUCCAUCGGAACGGCUCGUGGGGGACAGUGUGUGACACGUGCUGGGGGAAAGAAGAGGGAGGGAUGGCCUGUGACAUGCUGAAUUGUGGAGGGUUGAAAAAAAGCUCUUUAUUUGACAUCCCUUUCAAACAUAAAAAUGGAACUCACUGGUAUUUUCAAUGUGAAUCGAGUUUUAAAAACCUCUGGCAGUGUAUUGAGUACACCGUCGAACAUAUAUGCAUAGACUCAAAUGCCGCUGGACUCAUUUGCAACAAUUCUCUUGGUUUGCCUGUUCCCACCAGUCCACAAACAACAUCAGCACCAGCAACCACCGUGCCAAUGACAACGACAAUUGAGUAUUUCCCCAGAUUCAUCCUGUCCCCAGAGUUACUGGGCUGUUGUGUUCUGGCCUUCUUUCUUUUGAUUGCAGUUAUCACAAAUAUCAUCCUGUGCCAACGGCGUAAAAACAAGAAAGCUUUGGAGGUCCAGCAGAGAUUUGCAAACCUGCAGGGCAGCACAGAAUCCGAGGAGAAUAACUACAGAGAAUCCAUCCAUCUAGUCAAAGUCACAAACAACUGCAUUCCCACAGUUCCUCAACGUAUAUGGCCUCAGAGUAGCAUUGAGAGCGAAUCAUACGACACAGAUUACGAGCAAAAUGAUAUCAAUCCAGAGGCGGCUUUUCCUUUAUCCACUUUUCGAAACUCAAUGCGGUACAGUGCAGAUGGCAAAUCUCCUGUUGCGAAGGUCUCAAACCUGAACAGUGUUACUGAAGAGGCUGUCCCUAAUGAGGUCAAAAUUAGAGGAUACCAACAAAACUGUGGCACUUCCUUUGAUCAUAACCAGAUGCGUGUCUCUGCAGCAAGUGUGGACUCGUUUGAGUCGUCCUGCACCUCAUCAGGAGAAUGUUAUGAGAACACGGGCACAAACACACAGGAUCGGUGCUCACUGGAGUCGGCUGAAUGUUAUGAGAACAUAGGAGAAAAUCAAGAUGGACAGAAUGCAGAUAUGUUCCACCAAGACAACAAAAUACACAUUAAUGAAGAUUUCCUAAAGCUGAAGUCUGGAAAACCAGUCCAGGGUCAGACCACGGAUCUUCCCUUCCAGGACCAAGAGCAUGAUAAUGGGGGUGUCAGUAGAGAAGACUCCCCGCUGUAUUCACCCGUCAGCUAUGAUCAUGACGCUGUCUCCUGUGAAAGUGAAUAUGAUGACAUUGGCAACUACCUACAGCAACCAAUGACAUCAGCCUGAGCGGCUCUAAGACAAUGACGUCAUAGCGGUCCUGUUUACACACAGAAACAUUCAUAACUAUUACACCGUCAUACCUGAGAACCAUUUCAUACUAUUCUUCUGUCAAACUUUUCAAUGUUUUUUCCAUUUGUGCAUGCUUCAAAAUAAUUAUAAAUAUAUUGUAGAAUGCUACAAAUUACAGGACUGAAGGCUGUGAGAUAUCAGACCACUUUAACAUGUUGAAUACUGCUUUUUUUAUUUUAAACUGUAAUUUCACUAUUAAUGUUGAAAGGAAACACAUAAAUAUCUUUACUAAAUUCAUUAUUCUAUUAUAAAAAUGACA